CUCGGCCCCGCACCAGCGCCGCCGGCCGCGGAAACCGCCCCGAAAGAGAGAGAGAGAACUUGUUCGUCCGUCCCCGCCUGCCUCCCCGCCGCCCGCGCAUCCUCUCCCGCGGCGCAUCCGCCCGCCCUCCGGGUCCUGCUCCCCCCGUACUCGGGGCCGGUCCGCUGGCUCCGGCUGGAACGUUUCCCCGCUCCUUUCCCUCGGAGGGCUUUAGUCGGUAGAGGCACACCGAGGAGAGGCUCCGUCCCUCAGGCACCCUGCCUCACCCUGCGGGGGAAGGGAGCUGGGUGGGGGCAAGCCAGGAAGGGAGGAUCUCAGUGGCUCUCCUAAAAUCUAUCAGCAGGCUGCGAGGAGGGAAGAGUUUGGCACUUCGCAGCGAGGCUGGGCUUGUUUUCCCUAGCGGUGAUGCCGCUGGACUGAGAGCGGCUCGGCCGCGCGAGUUAGGGGGACGGAGCUCCCCCCACCUCCUUCCAGCGCCCCCCAGACCCGGUCCGGCGCCUGCAGCCCCAGCGGCUCGUCCCCGCCGCCCCACUGUAUGAGCGCUGCUCCGAGGACAGGGCGGCUCGGCGCCUGCUAGGGCUGCUCUUCGCCGCCCCCCGGACUUCCCCACCACCGACGAGGAGCGGCGCGCACCCCGCACCCGGAGAGUUGUCUCGGCAGGCUCCGUGCUAUGGCGAGGCUGCGGAGAAGCAAACUAGCCGCUGGAUUUCUAUUACUUUUCCAGUGCCUGAGCGAGCGCUGCCAGCUCGCCGGCGGGGAGACGCCGAGGCAGAGCCACGGAGUGUUUUAUGAAGUUGUUCAGAGCUUCCCUCGAGUGGAGGAAAAUGUGGAGGUGGAUUCAUAUGUAAGCAGCCACAGGUGGAGACGGCACUCAGAGUCCCUCAAAUCAGUCGACACCAACAGAGCCAGCAUGGGGCAGGAUUCCUUGGAGCCAGGGGGUUUCACAGACCUGCUGCUUGAGGAGGGGCAUGACAACACUACACAGAUUGAGGAGGACACAGAUCAUAAUUAUUAUACAUCAAGGACAUAUGGCCCAUAUGAUUCUACCAGCCGGGAUCUGUGGGUCAAUAUAGACCAAAUGGAGAAGGACAAAGUAAAGAUUCACGGGAUCCUUUCCAAUACCCAUCGUCAAGCAGCAAGAGUGAAUCUGUCCUUUGAUUUUCCAUUUUACGGACAUUUUCUACGUGAAAUUACUGUAGCAACUGGGGGUUUCAUAUAUACUGGAGAAGUUGUGCAUCGAAUGCUAACAGCUACUCAAUAUAUUGCACCCUUAAUGGCAAAUUUUGACCCAAGUGUGUCAAGAAAUUCAACAGUCAGAUACUUUGAUAAUGGCACAGCACUAGUUGUCCAGUGGGACCAUGUACAUCUGCAGGAUAAUUACAACCUGGGGAGUUUCACUUUUCAGGCCACCCUUCUCAAUGAUGGGCGUAUCAUUUUCGGCUACAAAGAAAUUCCUGUCGCUGUGACACAGAUAAGUUCAACCAAUCACCCAGUGAAAGUGGGACUUUCAGAUGCAUUUGUGGUCGUGCACAGGAUCCAGCAAAUUCCCAAUGUCCGCAGAAGAACAAUUUAUGAAUACCACAGGGUGGAGUUACAGAUGUCAAAGAUUACCAAUCUCUCAGCUGUCGAAAUGAUACCUCUUCCAACUUGUCUCCAGUUUACCAGCUGUGGUCCCUGUGUCACUGCCCAGAUUGGUUUCAACUGCAGCUGGUGCAGUAAACUCCAAAGAUGCUCCAGUGGAUUUGAUCGUCACCGGCAAGAUUGGGUAGACAGUGGCUGCCCUGAAGAGUCUAAGGAUAAGAUUUGUGAGAAGAAUAUAGACACAACUGAAACACCUCUGUACUCCACCACCACCCUUCUGCCAACCACCACAAGGUUCAGGGUUUUAACAACCACCAGAGGAUCCACCACUUCCCACCUUCCAACCAGCCUGCCCACAGAAGAUGACACCAAGAUAGCACUGCACCUAAAAGAUAAUGGAGCUUCAACAGAUGACAGUGCGGCGGAGAAGAAAGGUGGAACGCUCCAUGCAGGAUUAAUUGUCGGCAUUCUAGUCCUGGUCCUCGUUGUGGCCGCAGCCAUCCUCGUGACUGUCUACAUGUAUCAUCACCCCACAUCAGCAGCUAGUCUCUUCUUCAUAGAGCGACGUCCAAGCAGAUGGCCAGCAAUGAAAUUCAGAAGAGGAUCUGGACAUCCUGCCUAUGCUGAGGUGGAACCAGUGGGAGAAAAAGAAGGGUUCAUCGUAUCAGAGCAGUGCUAAAAUUUCUGGGACAGAACACCAGUACUGGCCUACAGGUGUAAGACAUUUAUUUUGCCUCUCUUUAAAGAAAAGGAGCCCUAAGCUGCUGUAGCCUGAUAGAAAGAAGAUUCUGGAUAAACUUUGUCCAAGAAGAAAAAUUAUCUAAGAUACCAGAUUACUACUGCACAGUAGUUUUUGUUAGUGGACUGAGACACAAUGGUUCAUGCAGAACACUUGUCAGUGGACACCUACAGUAUCAGAACUGGCACAAGUGCCGUGUCAUUUGUUUAGGUGUGGGGAUGCACAGUAAUCAGAAAUAUAAUAAAGCUUUGGUGCGCAAGGGUAUUGCCCUUUGGUUCAAGUCUUCUCUGUUAUCUCAAAGACUGAGGAAAAAAUCUGUACCAUUUCAGUGCAAAGGGCACUGAUCAGUGUUCACAGUGAUUGAGAAAAGUAUCUUAAGACAGGUAAAGAAGAAAAAAAAAGGAUUUUUCCAACAUUUAUAUAAGUGAAAUACACUUUUCAAUUCUAAAUUAACCAGCCAACCUGAGUCACAAUGUAAAUGCUUUCCAGGAGUAAUACAAUGUUUCUUGUACAUUGCUGAUUACUAGCCUGCUAAACAACUCAUAUGAUAUACAGAUUGGUAAGAAGCGAAGACAAGAGAGAAUUUUCACGAUGGUGGAAUUAUUUCAUGGGAGUUCACAAUGACAUUGGGCUGAUUUUCAGUUUUAGUGUUCACUAAAAAAUGAAUUAUCAGGUUUGUAUAAAGGUGUAUUUUUCAUUUCUCAGCAGUAGGUUGAAGUAAAGGCAACAGAUCCUUUUAGCUGCCAGAGAGCUUAUGGACCAUUUCUUAGGCAAUGGGGUAAGAAAAAUAAGAUUUAAAAUAAAUGGGUUUCUAUUCUUUACCAUUUCAUUGUGAGUCCUUACUGAGAAGCACCAUAGACUUCAAUGCACCCCUUCCAGAGAUUCAGAUACAAGUGUUAUUGAACCCUGCUGAUUCAUACAGUGGUUUUGUUUAAUGCACAUAGUAGUUGCAUAAAUAUAUAUAUAAAUAUAUUUUUUUUUAUAGCUAACACAAGGCGGGUUCUUGUGACUGUUAAGACUGCAUUUUUGUCAUCCAGACAAAGGAAAUGAAUUGCAUUACUGCAUAUUUCCACUGAGUUGUAAAAUAAUCCUUAAUAGAAUAUUUUUAUGUUGUGUAGGGAAGGUGGUUCAUGUAGUUGCAGUGCCAUAAACUUUCUGCCUAUUGGAACCAUUCUUUCUGUAAAAUUGACCCUUUCCCUCCCUGCAUAGGGAAAGACAAUGCUAUAAAUUCACACCGUCAAAACCAGUUACUCCUUUCAGGGAAGGGGUUAAUAUACAUGGAGACCCAGAGCUUCCCUGAGGAGUGGAAACCUAAAUGCUUCGAUGAUCUGGGCCUGAGGUAUUGAAAUAUAAAAUUCAGGUGCUGCAUGUACGUUUCAUAGCAGUCAUUUACUAUCAGUUUUUUUACAUACUGUGCAAAGCACUUGAAUGAUUUUUAAGUGAGGUAUACAACAUUUGUGGUUUUGGAUUUUGAGCAGUUUAAAAAAGUUGUAGAUGCCACCUUAAUAGUACAGUUACUUACAUUUCUUGUUGAUGCUUGUAUGGCCUAAAUUUGAUUACUUAAUGCUGUUAAAAAAAAGAAAAGCGAACAUGGUUUUUGUUAUUUUGUUCAGUAAAUACUACAAUACUGUAUUUUCUGUAUUCUUUUAUUUUUCGUAACACAUUUUUAUUUUCAUCUGGUUUAAAUCAUCUAGCAUGAGAUUAAAACUGUUCAAAAACUAACUGGUAUUAAUCUGAAGGUACUAACAAACACAUUGUCUUGAAGCCUGGUUGAAAACCUGUGGCAAGUAGUCGUUUCCAUUUGUGUGGGUCUGCUGAGCCCUUUUUCUAAUAGGCUGGGGUUAAAUUGCAGGCUGUUAAUUCUGAUAGCAAUAACCAAAUGUAUGCACAUAUAUAUGGUGACACUCAUUUUUAUUAAAUAAAAAGGUAUCAGUGCACAUCAUGUAGGAACGUAUUGGGUGUGCAAUAAUUAUCAUCAGUUUUUCUGGGAAUCUUGGAAGUCCUCAGCUGGGGUUCAUUCCAAAAGAAGCAAUUGUAGAGCUUCUGGAAUCCUUUUUGAAAGAACUUAUAUUUCAGAGAACAUCUUUGCAAAUUAUACCAAGAAAUCUACAAAAACCUACAAACUACUGCAAUAAAUUCAAGGGAUAUUUCAUAUAAGUGAAGAUUUAUAUUAUUAUGAGUUUACAGGUCUGCUCUUCAUCUCAUUCACUCCUAUUUUUACCCAGGUAUGUAAUAGAUGUCAUGCAAUUGAGCUCACAGAGCAUUUGUAAUAUGAUCAGACAAAUAUGUCAACAAUUUUAAAAUCUGAUGUUUUGAUUACUUUUGGGUUAAGGCUCUUUCACAGCUGAAGGAUGUUUUCUAGUAUUUGCAGACUAACCUACAUGUUAUAUUCCUUCAUAAAAUAAUAGCAAUUAUUUUUUGAUUUUUGUCCACCUCAUGUACUUAGGUGGGAGAUUUCACUGGUCUGCAGGGAGCAUCAUAGAAUUCUUCUUCAGAUUUUUUGCCAUGAUGUUAUAUGCUGUGGAUUAUAAUGUGAGGAGCUGCUGAGUUUAUUUAAUAAGAUUGAUAGGCAUAUGCUUAUGUCUGAUAAGAACAGCUAUCUGAAGAACAAACCUCCUGCAUACUAAUGGAUGUAUAGUGUCUCAUUGGUGUCUGCUUUGAGAUAUUCUGUGGUAUGUUCUAUUUAUCCCAGUAGGCAAAAGUUAAUUAAGUAAUCUGUUGCUGUUUUGUAAUUCCAUCUGGUUUUCUAAUUUUUUAAUAAUUAAAAUUGCCACAUUAAAAAUUAUACAAACAUUGA